AUGACCAUCAACUCAAUUAAUCCAAUCAUACCGGGCUUCUCGCCAGACCCGUCUCUAGUCAAAGUUGACGACUGGUAUUAUCUUGUGAACUCCACGUUCCAUAUGUUCCCCGGUUUGCCGAUUUACGCCUCCCGUGACCUCGUGUCUUGGAAACACAUCAGCAACGCAAUUAACCGGCCAAAUCAGCUGAGCCUCACCAAGUCGAAUACCAAGCUUGGAGAACUGCCCCACAGUGACGAGGUGAUGCUUAUGACCGGUGGCCUGUACGCCCCAACAAUCCGCUACCGCCAGGGUACAUUCUACCUCGUCUGCACAAACAUCGUCGAUUCAGGGAGCGAUGGCGUUUCUGAGAAUUUCAUUGUCACGACUGAAGAUGUCUGGAAAGGUGAAUGGAGUGAUCCGGUCUAUUUCGAUUUCAAGGGCAUCGACCCCAGCAUCUUGUUCGACGGCGACAAGGCAUACAUUCAAGGGUCUGCUGCCCCCGGCCCGUUCACCAAGAUCAACCUCUUUGAAGUUGAUCUUACUACAGGUAAGAAGCUUUCGGAAGAACGCACCAUAUGGGGAGGGACGGGCGGUGUCUACCCGGAAGGUCCACACUUGUACAAGCGGAAUGGAUGGUACUACCUGAUGAUUUCCGAGGGCGGCACGUUUGACGGCCAUAUGAUCACAAUGGCACGAUCUCAAGACAUUUGGGGCCCAUAUGAUCCUUGUCCCAACAACCCAAUCCUUACGGCACGCGAUACCAAGGAGUACAUCCAGUACACUGGCCAUUGUGAGGCUUUCCAGGACAAAACUGGACAGUGGUGGGGUGUGUGUCUUGGAGUGCGCAAAGACGAGGGCGGUCGACUCAUCAUGGGUAGAGAAACGUUUUUGACUCGAGGAAACUGGGAUGGAGAAUGGCUCUCUUUUGAGACUGUCAAGUCCCAUAUAGCCGGCCUUACUUUAAAGGACGGGUCUACCGCUCUCUCGGCAGUAGGUAACGUGGACUAUCUAUACAUUCGAGACGCGAACCUCGGUAACUACGACAUUCACGACAACUCUUCAAUUACCCUCACCACAUCCGCGGUGGAUCUCUCCCAUCCGCAAACAUCGCCCACAUUCAUUGGAAAAAGGCAGCGAAAACUACUCGGUCAGAGCAACGUCACCAUCCGGUCUUUUGCGGACAAUUUCCAAGCUGCAAAACUCAGAAGCGGGAUUGCGUGCUACAAGGACGAACACCGCUAUGUGCGGAUAUUCUACGAUGCCUCGGAUUGUGCCGUGGUGUUUGAGCUGAUCAACAAUGCAAAGAAGAUAGCUGAAACUGAGCGUCGCAGUCUUGGCAAGGUCCCUGAAGAAUUGGCUCUGCGUAUCGAGUACACAGAGAAAGAGUAUCGCCUGCUUUACAAUGCUGAAGGCGGCCUGGGCGAAAAUUGGACUUCCCUUGCAACGACAGAUACAUUGAACAUGACAGGGCCAGAUUUCGUGGGACCAGUCAUAGGCAUCUUCGCCAUAGCAGAGACAAACGACCUGAAGGUGGAGCUCGAGGAUUUCCAUGUCGAUUAGAUAGACACAUGUAAUUCAUUCCGGAAUGCCGCGUAUCAUU